AUGCCAUCUACCUGGGGCCUUCCAAGUCCUUCACGCCAUGAAGAAGUUCGACGAGUCGCAGACGAUGUGCGAACUGCAGGGUGGCAGUUUCGCAAGCGCGUUCGCCAGCUGUUGGAAGAGGCGUUGGACCGGAGCGAGAUCACCACCAUUCAAGCGCUGCUUGUCAUGACUAACUCCCUUCUCGCGCUUAGUGAUAUCAACUACGCGACUCUCGCAAACAUCGGAAUCUUCCCUGAAUGCGUGCGAUCCGGAUACCCGGUUGCACUUCCUCUGAUCGAGGAAAUCCUCCUUCCUCUGGACUUCGACUUAUCUUCACUCACACCUCACGACUACUUCGUGAUCUGGGCGCAGGCCGCAGCCGAAUAG